AAGAAUCUGAAGAAUCAGAAGAACUUCGGACAACUCUUUAUAUAGAAACAAAUAAUAGGAAGUUCGUUUUGUGUAAUUUGAUCUAUGGAAUGCACGAGCAACAAAAUUUAAAUGUUACUUUAUCGGAAGGAGAGGAUGUUAAAUUAUAUUCUGUGGGACACAACAAAAUACAUUUGACGGGAAAUUACAUAAAAUUAAUUGGCCAUGAUGAUUCAGAAAAUAGACCUAAAGAACUUCCUUUGCCAAUAAAAUGUAAACCGAAUGAUGAAAUGGAUGUGAAGAAGGUGUUCAAUGUUAGUAACGAAACGCCCAAAUUAUCAGCAUCAGAGAAGAAAAAUGCAAUAACCAACGCGGAUGAUUCAGACGAAACCGUUAGUGAGGAAGGCGGCUCCUCGGAUCAGGCAAUAGUCAAAAAUAAAGUUAAAGGUGAAAAUGGUAAAUCUCAGAAAAGGACAAAUGACGAUGACAAAGAUAAACAAAAAACACAACAAACAUCCGCAGCAAAAAAACAAAAGACUGAAAAUGGGUCAAUCGAAACUAAGAGUGCAGAUGUGUCAUCAAAGGCACAAAACAAGAAGAAAAAUAAAAACAAGAAAAAACUCUUAGACAAACUUGCAAAACCGAAAACCGAAGGCAACAAUAAAAAUGCAGAGUCAAAAGAUAAAGACUUAAAGUUAGACUCUGAUUCCAAAGAGAAGGGAAUCAUCACAACUCCUGAAGGUGUUCAAAUCGAAGAUCUCACAAUAGGUGUUGGAAGGGUUGCGAAACUCGGCAAGAAGCUUCAAGUCCGAUACAUCGGACGACUACACAUGAAUGGUAAAGUUUUUGAUAAAAAUGUCAGCGGAACACCAUUCCACUUCACUUUGGGUAAAGGUGAAGUCAUUAAAGGUUGGGAAAUUGGAAUUUCUGGUAUGCGAAUUGGUGGCGAACGAAAAAUAACAAUUCCACCGCAACAAGCUUAUGGUAGUGCUGGAAGCCCACCAAGUUAG